AGCUGCAGAUUCAAGGACCAGCCCCAAGGUCCUUGAGCCUCAUCUCAUCCUGAAACCCAGCAGCAGGAGGAGGAGGAGAGAGGAGAGAGGAAUCCUCUUGAAACUGGGCGUCCGCGUCAGCAGAGGGCCGGGUUGGCAAGGCUCCCUCUGAGCCCAGUUCUCUGGCCCCCUCCUUCCAGGCCCUGGGAUCGGGAAGUCCGGAGCGCCUUUGUCCAGGACUGGUGCGUCUGUCUUGCGGAAGCUGCUGCUGCUGUCCCGGGGCGCGCGGACACUGCAGUAGCGCCCAGUGCGGCAGAAGGGCGCGUCGAGCUGGGGGCCUCAGGGCUUAGGAGGCCGCAGGGGCAGCGCAGGGCCCUCCCUGGCCCUACGGAGAACCCCUCCCCCCCGUUCCAGAUGGGGAGCUAGGGCACCCCAUUGCGCCCCGCGGGUCCGCGGCCACGUGGCGCAGGAGCCAUGGAGACAGCGGUGAUCGGCGUGGUAGCGGUGCUGCUGGUGAUCACGGUGGCCAUCGCCUGCGUCCUCUGUUACUUCAGCUGUGACUCGAGGGCCCAGGAGCCCCAAGGGGGCCCAGGACGCAGCUUCACCGUGGCCACCUUCCAGCAGAAGGCAUCUAUCUUCAGCGGGUCCAGCAGCACGGCCCAGCCGCGGCCCAGUGCCCGGGACUUCUGGACCUUCAUGUGAGGCCUUUUGACGCCCCCAGGACUUGUUCUGUAGGUGGGUUCUGACUCACCCACCGCUCAUCAGGCCGUCUGGGGGUGCCCUCCUCCCAGUCUGGCCCACAUCCUUGCCCGACGGUACCCAGGGGAUGCCCUGUCCCAUCCCGCCAGGUUUGCUGCGCUCCAGCGAUGACGCUCAGAAGGAAGCGGAUUGGAGGAGAGUCGAUUCUCACCCCUGCUGGACCCCGAGUGAGGACCUGGACCUCGCGUAGGGCUGUGGGCUGAUCCACAUCUUCUGAGCACUUCAACUUCCCUGGAACUUACUGUGAAUGGGCGCCAGAGCGAGUAGCCCCCCCGCGCCCACUCCUGCAAACGGCUUCCUCCCCCUGCACCUGAGGUUACUUCAAGGUCCUCGGAACUCCAGCCCAACCCAAGGCCUGUGGGUUUGCAGGGUGCCUCAAACAAGCCCAGAAAGUCUGAAACCCCAAAAAAGCCGCUCUCUGAGAACAAGUGACUUAUCAUUGAAAAUGUAUGACCUUUUAUGGGGCUCGCAAGAACCAGGGUUAAAAAUGACAAAAAUAAACAAAGAGAAAAUGAAGAGUCAUGUUUCGACAAGCAGGAGUGCCGGGGAGAAGGCUUUUUCCACUUAUUUUGAGUGAAACUUUACUACUAUAUUCUUAUGGGUCACUGCAAAUUUUAGAGCAUGUGAG